AUAGUUGUCAUGUAAGAGUGAGGAGAAAACCGAAUUUUAGUAUUUUUUUUUUCAUGCAACAUAAAAAAAAGGGUGUAUUUAUUUUAUUACUCUACGCCUGACGUUUAACGAGAAAGCUCUAUGUGUUCUAGGAAUUGGGUUUCCAGCAGAUAAAACAGAUUCAUUUUUGUAGAAAAAAAGAUUGGUUUUUUUUUUUUUAAGCAAUGUAAAAAAAAUUCUUGUACAGCAAUUCGAUUCUAAUUGAAAUGGAGUGCGACGUUGAUGAAGAACUGAAAUGGAACUUUUCGUGUCGUUUUACCCAGCAUCCUAAACUCCUAUACAAUUUAACUAUUACAAUAAACUCAAGCAAUCCUGUAAUACAAUCUAACAAAAAAACAUUUUAUGAUCAGAUCAAUCGUCAAUUAUGCGUGACUGUGCGACACUUACGUGACAACACACAAAAUAGAUGGUCGGGUACUUGGAACGAGAAAUUCAUUGAGCAAAUGACAAAUCGAGGUGGUUGCAGGUUAUCAUUAAAAGGAUUUGCUUACUUGUUAUGUCUUGGUUGUCAACACUUGAAUAUGAAAUCGGAUAAAACAUUGAACUUUGUAAACUUUAACAGUCUUUCCUUAAGUCUCUUCUUUCCUGCGGAAUUAGGUUUGGAAACAGUUGCGAUAAAAUCAGCUCGUCAAACGACUCAGGUGAAGGAUAAACUAUAUUUAAUUUUAUCGUGGAAAAAAAAUGAAAAGAGCUCUGCGUGGCAUUUUCCGUUGCCCUUACUAUUGAAUUCAGAUGAUUUCACACCCUCUUUUAAUUUGCAAACAACACGACACGACGACGAAAUAGCAUUACAGGAAGGAGCCUUGCAAAAAUUAAAGACCAAAAUUUCAAACUUGAAGAAACACCUUCAACAAAAGAAAAAAAAACCGAGAUCAUCCCAUUACAAACAAUCCUUACCUUUAAAAGAAAGUAAAAAGUUUAUGAACCCUAGAAUAGAUCACGACACUUCAACUUUAUUAUCGUCAUCCUUAAGUGACAGCUCAGUGUCGUCCAUCUCCUCAAAAGACGUUCCUAAUACAAGUAACGUUUCUUUUCACCAUUAUGCACCAAUUACCAAUGGGAUCGAGUUUAAACCCUUGCAACGUGUUAAAUCACCUGAACUUGCUUCUAUGCGCGACGUUCUUCGCCGUUCUCGCUCUUUAAGUCGUACACUUACAUCAUUAAAUUCACGGUCACCUUAUAUAAAGGAAAGAGCUAUGCGUCUAAAUUCGACACGAACGACGGGUGGUACGUUACAAGACUCUUAUUCAAAUGCUUUGGCAAAGCCAAACAGCGUCGAAAAAAAAUGUCUACGAAAUGCAUUGAAUAAGCCGUAUUUCUUUUCUUCAUUAAACAGUCCACAAAAACCCUUUUCAGAAAGAAUAUUGAUACCUUCAUCGACAACAAAUAAUGCAGACAAAAAGUAUUCUUGUCAUUCCUCGACUAACAAAAAUAUGAAAACGUCGCAAAGUGAUGUUUUUACAAUUUCUUUUAAUAACGUGAAAAAAGCAUCUUUCUAUAGAACACCCUCUGUUUUAGUAAAGAAACCGUUUUCGUCAUUUCCAGUUUCGAAAAAAAAGCAAGACACGUUAAGACAAAGGGAUAAAAAAAACUCUUUAACCCAAUGUCUUACAAGAGAAAAUCUAGCUAACGCGCGUCGCUUUCCUGAAAAAAGUUUUCUUACCACUUCAAACGAUGUGAUGUUUCCAGAAAAGCAGACAAAAAGUUGGUUAUCUCGUGAUACAUUUCCAACAAAAAGUCAAUCUGUUUUAACAACAACAGUAUCAAAAAAAAAGAAAAGUUCUUCAUCGUCAUUUUUGAAUAAAAAAGCGACAACAGUUUUGGAAAAGCAGCGCUUGUUUAGUGAAAGCAUGAGGCAGGAACCGUGUACACUGCAUUUUAAAGGCGAAAGGUCACACGCAGGUAGAACUGCAACAUUCAAGAAAUACAAAAAUAUACCACUUGGACAGUCUGCCAUGAAUCCCAGACACACCGAGUCUUUAUCGAAAAGAAACGUUUCUUGUCAAAAAAUGUCACAAUUUCUUUCAAGUUGGAAUACAUCUUCACAUGCAUUGCAAAAACAACAAAAAGUGUACUGUGAGAGUACUGAUACAUCUGAAGAUUCGUAUGGAAAAAUUUCUCAAAGAAUUUUCGCGUUACAAAAGAAGCUAGAAAAUGUAAAACAUUAUUAAAUUAAGU